CCCUGUAAAACAAUUUUAUACAGAAAAGGCAUAGGAUUAAAGUAACCUUUUACAUGCAAUUUAUUAAGAUAAUUGUUUCACAUUUGUUUUUAGUAAGUUUUAGGAGGAUAUUGAAGACGUAACUUGGAAGCAAAGAUCGCGGAGGACAUAGAAAAAAUUAGAAGGGUUUGAGUUGGUGAUCCAACGGCAGCAGUAGAGUGAGAGAAGAAUGGAGGAAUCGGGUGGCGAGUGGUGGUGUGUUUCGGCAGUGAAGAUGAUAAUGGAGUCGAUAAAGAUUAUAGCCUGCAACAAACUGGUGUUCGCAUCAAUAAUGCUUCUCACCACCCUCCCUCUCUCCACGCUUCUAAUUUCCCAAUCCAUCUCCACCCACUCCCUCACCUCGCAAAUUCACCAUCUCGAGGCCCUCGCACGCUACGCCCCCACACGCUUCGAGGCCCGACAUGUCUGGCGCCAGUCCCGCCACGACGCACUUUCCCUCCUCCGUACCAAGGCCCUCUUCUGCCUCCCCUCCUACCUUCUCUCCAUCGCCGCAGCUCUCUCCGCCGUCCACUCCACCCGCCUAGCCCUCCACUCCGACACCACUCUCUCCCUCCUCUCCGCGGCCCUCCGCCUCUUCGCCACCACCAUCUUCGUCUACGCCAUCCUCUUCGCCUUCUCCCCCAUCCCGCGCUUCCUCGCUGCCCUCGCCUCCUCCAAGGCCGCCAAGAUCCUCCUCCUCGCCACCGGCUCCGCCCUCGAGAUUUACCUCAUGGCCGUCAUGAGCGUCGCUCUCGUGGUCUCCGUCGCCGAAGAGAGGUUCGGCUGGGACGCCAUUCGGGUCGGAUCCGCUUUGAUGAAGGGUAGCCGGGCAUGCGGGUGGGCCCUGUCGUGUCUGUUCGUAUUGGGGUCGAGCCUGAUCAGGUCGAAGGUGGAGGGGUUGAUGGAGGCGAAGGAUUGGAUCAGGGUUGAGGAUAAAGCCGAUGUGAUAGUUGGUUACAGUUUGUUAGUGCUGUGGAGUUACGUGAUUAUGACCGUCUUUUACUGUUACUGUAGAAAACGCCAUCCAAUCAGGGAACCCCAACAAGAGGAUCUGCAACUAUCUGUAAUUAAUCUUGAGGAGAUGCUGGUAUAAGGAAUGAAUAACGGAGGAAGUUGUUUUGGUCAAGCCCACAAACUUAACAUUCAGGUACCAUUUGAAAUAUAUAUAAUCAUUAUAAAUAUUUAAGAAAUGCGUUUAAGUUUAAUACUUUCAGAAAAUGAAAAAAUAUGGUUUAGUGUAGAGUAUGUCUCGAACUAUAUUAUUCCAUGAUUAGGCAGCUGGCUGAAUAGAACGUCUUAAAUAUUUUUUAUGAGCAUUAUUAUCAGAGAUG